AUGGCCCCUUCUACUUCGGAGGCGUCGGGCACCCCCCUCGCGGAUUACUUUUGGAUCGCUGGUGUGGAUGGUACCGAGGUCCUCGAGACGUUUCAACGGCUAGGAGAUGAAUACAGAGCAAACAGCGCUACCUCCCCCGGCCCCGCUCUUGCCGAUACCAUUGAGGAGGAUGCCGACGCGGAAGAUGCCCAUGACCCCCGUCUGGAUGGACUCUCUAGACCCAGCUCGGCCUCGUUCCAACGCCUGUCCAUGCGCUCGGGGGACUCCGAUUUCAGUGGGAAUGGCACCAGUAGCAAUCGAAGCAGUAUGACCAUCAAGGGUGCCGCUCAGUCUCCGAGAGGCUCUUCGUUCCUGGAAGAUGAGGACUUUGACAAGGCAUUGUUCAAGUUCGCCUCGGAGAGGGACUCCUUUCUGUCCGACUUGAGUCUCAGUGCGGGGGCUAUCACCCCCUCCUCCCGACCUCGGUCUAGAUUACGCACGCAAAAGAUUGUCUCUGAAGAAGGCAACUCCCAGCCAAGCAGCUUAAUCCGAUCUGGAAUUGGAAGUGUUCGGCGGCAUAUGGCGUUUCGCGAUAUGAACAGUAUGAAGAGACAGCCCUCAAUUGCUCGUCAAGCAUCGGUUCGAACUUCGCGCCGUCUGAGCAACUACAACUCUGUCAUUCCUGCCCCACAGCCCCUGGAAAUAUCCCCUACCAUGCAUCCCCUGAAACGGAGAUUCGAGCCGGUUCUCCUCGACCGUUACCCCACCAAGGGCAUGCCCGAUGAAUUGAAGCAGCGAGGAAACUUCCCCGAUUAUGUUCCGAUGUUUGCGUUUCCGAACGAUAUCAACAUUGUCUCGUCGGACCAGAGACCUCGAUCCACCUGGCACGGGUUCGCCAUGACAACAGAUAACGGUUCCCGGUUGCAUGCUAUUUGCGUCAUCAUAUGGAUUCCCCUUAACCCACAGGCUGCGGAAGAACUAGAGAAGCGAUGCGAAGAAUGGCGCAAAGAUAACAUGACGGACGAGGAGAGAGAACUGGCGGCGAGUCUUGGCGAGAGGCUGGCACUCGAGCGGGCUAAGCUCUCCAGACUCUUAGCACAACUUCCAACGGUACCUUCCGGCUCAGAACAACGAGAGCAAUUGGAGGACGAUAUCAGCGCCGUGGAGGAGAAGAUCGGGCUGAUGACUGACCUCCUUCGCCCCGUCCGCCAUGCCGCCGCGUCGAAGAUCGACGGAUUGACCGACGGAGACACUGGAUUCUGGAUCCCUCGUGCAUACGGUAUUCUCGGGCGCGAGGCAAACAUGACUGGUUUCUGGAAGGAGUGGUUGAAAGCCGUCGUCGUGCCAAUGACCGAUGGCAGUGUUCAACGAGUACCCCCAAGCUCUCCCCGCAUGGGCAUCUGGCAGCCACUGGAGCGAUAUGUGAUGAACCUUUGCACGGAAGCAUUCAGUCCCAACUCCUCCAAGACCCAGGUCGAGCUUUCGGUCAGAGAGUUGCGACUAUUCGCACGAAAAGAGGCGACCAAUGAACUUCCAGGAUCUCGAAACACAGACCUUUAUGCGUUGUUCCGGACCCUCUCGUUAUCGAAUAUUAUCAUUCUGCUCGAGUACGCCCUUACGGAGUCCCGUAUCAUUUUCUUGUCCUCACACACCUCGAUGCUGUAUCUGGCGACCAGGGCCCUGGUUGAUCUUUUGUUCCCAAUCGAGUGGGCUGGUGUCUUGAUCCCCAUUCUCCCUGCGCGGUUGAUCCAAGCACUCGAGGCACCUUGCCCCUAUAUCGUGGGUAUCGAGCGUAGGUAUGAGAAGGUUGAGCUGCCAUCCGACGAUUUUGUCUUGGUGGAUCUCGAUUCCGACAUGAUCGAAAGUACUAUCCAACCAACACCACUUCCACGUCACCAGCGCAGGAAGCUUCUAUCGCUGCUUCAGCUGGCAGCCCCUCACCACGGUCGAUGUGGUGUGCCAACUGGGCCUCCAGCCUAUGCAGUUGAGACUUUCCCAUUCGAUUCAUUCAUGUCCGAGAACACUUCCAUCUUCAACUCCAAGGCACAGCCGACGCACCUGGCGAAAUACGUCAGUCUCAAUUCGAGCUCGUUUGGCCAGAACUCGGUGCCUCCGGGAACAUAUCAGCCCCUCAUCUUCAAUGCCUAUCUACAUGCCCGAAACGAGCAAACACUGUCGAGAGGGUACUCAUCCAAGGGCUCAGAUAGGCCGGGAACCGGUUCAACAUCCAAGACAGGGUCUCCUCCUUCGCCGAGGGACACUUCGCCCACAUCCGGUCAUUUCCCUCCACCUGGUCGUAGCGACUCGGGCAUGGCGCUCCAAGCGUCGUUGCGUGAGAAGAGGUCUGGUCACUUUGAUGCUGCGUCUCGCAGAAGCUCGUCGUUCGGAAUGGGACAGGGUGUUCCCCGACGGCCUAGUGCGCCUUUCCUUGGCCAUGCGCCCAAUCUCUCGGUUACCACAUUGAACACCGAUUACAACCCUGGUUCCACGUAUGCGCCGUCAGUGUAUGCUCAGUCCACCGUUGCCGCGUCCACAAUUGUCCCUCAAUCAUCAUCGUCGCCCAUCCACAACGCCGAAGGUACUUGCUGGGUCGAAGGGCAUUGCCUGCAGCUGCAGCCAUGGGAUGAAAAGGCUGUCUGUGCUAUUUGCGAUGAACGGGCUGAUGAAGGCAUGUACAAGUGUACUGGAUGCAAAGCUGUGGUACACAACCGAUGCGCCCUCCAGAUCUGUCUUGUCUGUCCUGCUUCGUUCCAUCCGGAGCAGGUUCGAGCGGCUUUUGUCAGAUGCUUUGCCAGUUUGUUCUAUACUUACAAAAAGUUUCUUGUUCCUGCCAGUGGCGACAAGAAAAAGGCGGGUCUGACAUACAGCUUCAACAUCGAAGCGUUCAUGAAGAGUUUGCCAAGUGAACACGCUGAAUAUAUUAGCGUCUUGCAGCAAACGCAAGGCUUCAACGAAUUUAUCAGUGAAAGGGAGCGAAUCAACCCCAAGAAGAAGGAUCCCAGGAUGGCAUUGUUUGACGAAGUUGUUCUUUCAAAGCGCAACCGAGGCCGGUCUUCGAUCUUCUCUAGUCGCAGUGUGACUGACUUUCUGUCCGACACCUCGAAUCAUCUCUGGCGAACAGCGAGUGCGACAUCGUUCCCGCCCGGUAGCAGGAACCAACAGAGCAUUUCUGGAGAUUACACCCGCGUCAUCACACGAGCACCUGCCAAACUUGAUACCAGCCUGAUGAAAGAGCCCCGCAUGAUUCACGGGACUCCCCGGGUUUCCAAGACGGUAAACACUGCGCGCAGAAAACCACUCCCCAAGUCCAUGAGUGGACUCGCCAUCUAG